AUGCUAGCCGCCGCGUCCUCCUCCUCCACGUGGCUCCGAGCCCGCCGGAGCCGCUGCGUGUUUCUUAUCCUCUGCUCCCCGAUCCUAAUCCCUUUCCUCUUCGCCACCUUCCCUCUCCUCUGCGCCGCCGAGCUCUUCCUCCGCCUCUGCCGCCUCCGAAGCCGUGGCAAGUUGGCCCGCAACGAGGCGGAGGACGAUCGGGUGCGGCGAUGCGAGGAAGGGCGAUGCGCGGCGGAGGCGGAGGAAAGAGAAGAGAUGGGGCUGCUGCAGAGGUACUUGGAGGAUCAACUGUUGCUGGUCGGAUCUGUGUACGAUUGUGGAGAGUACGAUGAAGAUUUGUAUCAAGGGAUUCAGGGCUACGAUGACAAUGAUUCUAACACCCCUCUUUUGUCUUAGAUUUGCGAUUUCCAUUUCUGCCUUUGUUUUUCUUUUACAUUUUUGUACAUCACACACAUUUU